CUAAAAAAUUUCAAACAUAAAAUAUUGUAUUCCCCGUUCUAAGAAAGAGCUAAUAAUUCGAAAAAUGAGUCUGAGCUUAGCUUCUUCAACAUGGCUGUCACGCUUUUCCCCUCCAAACGCUAAAUUACCCGACUAUUCUCCCAACAGCAACUUCACUCUCCUGUCUCUCCUUUUGCGCUCCAAUUCCCUUUCUUCUCUUAAAACCAACAAAUCUUUCAAACCUAGAGCUUCCUUAAAACAAACCCAAUCGAACGGUGUCGUGGAGGAAACCUCAGUUCUAGACGAGGCUUUACUGAGCAGAGUCUCGGCUUCUAAAGAUGCCGAAGAAGCACUCCGGAUGAUCGACCAGAACCAGCGUGAAAGUAGUGAUCAACUAAAAGGCGGCGUUGUGAGUGUUUCUGACUGUCGUUUGCUAAUAAACGCUGCGCUUGAUCGUAAGAAUGCUGACUUGGCUUUGUCUGUUUUCUAUGCCAUGCGUUGCAGUUUCGACACAGUCGGUGUAAGUGAUAAUGGCCAUGGGCCAUUGGUUGAAAGAUGGAAAUGGUCAAGACCCGAUGUUGGGAUUUACUCUACAUUAGUUCAGGGCUUAGCAGCAUUGUUAAGGAUCUCUGAUGCUUUUAGAAUUAUUGAUGAUAUUUGCCGAGUUGGAGUUUCUCCAAGUGAGGAGGUACCUUUUGGGAAAGUUGUAAGAUGCCCUAUUUGUUCCAUAGCGGUUGGUGUUGCACAACCACAACUUGGAAUUCAGAUUGUAUGUUGUGCCAAAUGCCGCUACAAGUACGAGCUAGUUUCUGGCAACAUAGUUAGUGUUGAUUCAGAAGAAAUCAGCAUGGAGAUUCCAGCAUGGAAAAGGGGGCUAAAAUCUCUGCAGAUACUGAAGGAAAGAGUUCCUGCUGCUGUUCACUCUAUUCUGGUGCAAACGCCUUCUGGUAUGGCCCGUACACACAGGUUUGCUACUGAAACAGUUGAUAUUCCUGCACAAGAAGGAGAAAGGGUAACGAUUGCUUGUGCUGCUCCUUCAAAUGUUUAUAGAGAGGUAGGGCCCUUCAAGUUUAGUCCUAAGGCACCUAACUUUUACCCUGGGGAACCGAUGUGCUUGACAAACCACAAAGAUGGCCGGGAAUCACAAUUACUACGAGCCCCUGCAAAUGAUGGAAACAUGUCGAUCCUUAAGCCUCAGUUUAUCAUUCCACUUCUCACUGUUCUGACUGCUGGAGAUGUUGCCUCAGGGAUAAUAGACCCAAGCUUACCAAAAUUGCUUUCUGUGGCUGCUGUAGGAUCACUUGCUGUUGGAGCAACUUUAAAUGCUGUGGUUUUCCCCCAAUUAAAUCAGCUUCCCCAGAGAUCAGUGGAAACAACUGCCAUCAAACAGCAACUGUUAUCUCAGUAUGAUGUACUGCAGUCUCGCAUCAGGGAUCUAAAAGAAGCUGUCAAAGAAGAUGUGUGGAUGCUGGCUCGCAUGUGUCAACUGGAGAACAAAAUUUUUGCUUAUGGUGGAACAAUGUUUCCUUUGUUUUCUGUUUUCAGUGCCCGAAGAAGUAGAAUCAAAAGGGUGCGAGAAGGUUUGGAGAAUUCGCUCAGGGGAAGGAUUGAACUCAUUGAUAGUUUUGCAAAAAUCUCUUCAAUGAUUGAAAUUGAGGUGGAAAUGGACUCUGAUGUCCUAGCUGCCGAAGCAGCAAGCAGUGCAGAAACGAUUGCCGAGCAGAUACAACAAAUCAUGGAGCUUGAGAAUCUUGAAGAGAAAUGGAAACUGCAAGCCGAAGCAAAUGAUGAGGCAGAGAGACUACUUAGUUCCCAAUCCAUACCGACCGAACAGAUUUAGAUAUCUGGCUAGUAAAUAUGUGAUUCAAGCAACACUCCCUUUACAUUGUUAACCAUCAAUCUGGUGGAUCAUCAUACACUUUCUCCCAAAAAGGUGGAGGAAUAUUCGAAUGUCUGAAACUGAUCCGAAUACCCUUUGGACCAUAUUGCAAUCCAAUCGUGGAUCAGGUGUGGGAAAGAUGGUAACAACAAAACAUCAGUAUGUUGGCCUACUUGCCUGGUCAUAUAACCAAGAGCUACUCCAACAACUUGCUGGGUGACUUGGUUCAAACGUUACUGUUUAUAUGUUAGAAUCCAUUUUUCUCAUGUAAUGAAUGAACUCAUGGAAUUCAUGUUGGCACUUGUAAAUUUUUGCUGCAAAUUGUAUGUAAUAAUAUGAACGUGUUCUACAACAGGCA